AGCCAAAAACAGUUGGUAUGUUAUGAUGAGAAGAUGCACACAUUUCUGGACUUUCUACCCUGUCUUAUUAUUAUCUUUUUUAUUAGUACAAUGCUGAUGACCCAGACGAGCUCUGAAAUGACAACUAAAACAUGUCUUGAUCUACAACUCACCAGUGGUUCUGGAGACAAUGUUGUAGAAGAAAAUGAUAAAGGUGAUGCCCACAUAGACUUUGUGCUAUCAGACAGCUGUGAAGGCAGCUUAGGACGGACAGUGGUCAAACUGGCAACACAGGAGGCAGGACGUGCUGUUGAUUUUUGUACCAUUGUUUUCAACAACAACACGUGCACUGUGACUGACCUCUCGACAGGAUGUUCUUGUUUAACCAGAGCACAUUACUAUUCAGUCUCAUGGAAGUCCAAGCCAUCGGACGAGUCUCUGAUCCUGAAGGUGACAAAGAUGAGUACACGGGAAGAAAAAGUAAUAUUCUUUAACAAGACCGGGAUACCUGCUUAUCAUACUAAGGACACGCCAAUAAAAAAGCUAAGACCAUCAGAGAUCCUUGGAAUCUGUUCUGGCAUUAUUGUCGCUGUCGUUGUAGCUGCCGUCCUUAUCAGAAAAUGGAGCUCUGGAGGAUCCUGUGCAAGGCAACCACAAGGUCCAGCAAAACAAGAUCGGGAGGUUAGUCCGUCAAGUGUCGCGGUCAGGCAGCCCAAACAAAACACUGGAUCGUCUUCAGGACCUCAAGUACAGGAGGACAUCCAAACUCGACCAGGUAGUUUAGCACCUCCUGGAAGUCAUGAAGUAGAAGAUAAUAAAGUUCUAUCCGUAAUUUAUACCAUUCCCAAAAGAAAGACAAGAGUAUACAGUCAUAUUGUACUAUCAAGUGAUGAUGUUACCAGAAGUCAGGAAGAAGUAUACAAUCAUACAAAGCAAUUGACCCAUACAACUCCACAAAGUCAGACAGAAGUAUGCAGCAACAUUGUAACAUCAAACGAUAUGGCAAUCAGCAUCGAGGCACCAGUAUACAGUUCUGUUAUACCAUCAUCCACUCAUACAUCUUCUAGAAGGCAAACUCCACCUGAUGAUACACUUACCACCAACUAUGCACAGAUAAGAAGACACACUAUGCAAUCCACCAAGAAAGAAAAAAGAUGGGCUGAACAAGUAUAUAAUCAUGCUACAUACACAAAUAAAGGUUCUAAAGGUCUGGCAGAAGUAAAAUUUACUGUUGUACCAUCCAAAAUGUCCUCUCCUAUAAACCCCGCUCAGGUAUGUAAUAAUACACUACCAUCAAGCUGUACAGGUAUCAGAAGUCCAAGCCAAGUAUACAAUCACAUUUUACCGUACAACUAUUUAUCUCAUAGAAGCCAGGCACACAAAAGCAAUCAGACAAUACAAUAUUCAGGGGUUAGAAUGGAGGAACAAAAAGACAGUCAGACAUUGUCACUAAGCCAAAGAGAUGCAGACACCCGGGAACCUGUGCAAAGUGACAUUUACGACCAGACAGUGUUUACCCCAAGUCGCCGACGACAAGUGGUUCACACUGUGUACGAUCACAUCGCCUACUAAACUUUCAUCAUAGACUUGUUUCAUACACAGUACGGUUUUAAUACUAGAACUAACCAUUGCCAUUUAAUGCAUUUAUUUUUUUGACAUUCAGAAACUGAUGGUUAUUUUAUUGAAUACAGUGCAUUGACUUUAAUAUUUGAUGCUACUUUGGUUUUUUAAAUAAUUUUUAACACGAAUGUAUAUACAUGUAUUACUUUUUGUGAUGAGACACAUGUAAAUAUAGCUUUAAAACAUUUAUUUGUUAUGUGUAAAUAGUGUCAAGCUCAACUUAAAACAUGCUUAUCAGCUAGACAAAUAGCUAAUAGAUGAUGUGUAAUACAAGAGGUAAACGUGAUGAAAGUCUCCAUUCCACGGUUCUCAAUCAUCCGGGUUUCCAUGCUGUCAAUUUAUUUCCGUUGUUUCAUUAGCAGAAACGAGAGAAAACAGGAUGUAGUUAUUUUUCUAAAAAAUAAGUUGAAGUGAUUUUCACAUUUUUCACUUAGGACAAUAGGUCGGACAAGGGAAACCUUGACAGAAUCACGAGUUAGGGACAUGGUCCUCGGCUGAAUUUGAAGAAUGAUUUUUUCAGAGUGUUUUUACUGGCUUGACUGGAAGAUGUUUGUUGUGCUUGAAAUCCUCUACAAAAACAGCUUAUCUGAUCAUGAAAAUUCAACUAUAAUGUGCUUGAUAAAUUUUUCCUCUUUCAGUUUACAUUUUAAUAUGAUUUUAAAGAAUGCCUUUUGAAUAGACCCUUUUGUGUAUAUAAAACUUUCCUGAUGAGAAAUUUCCUAUUUAAGGCACGAAAUAUAUGUUUAAAAAGUAAGGAAGAGUACAGAAUAAACGA